AUGGCAGAAACAGCUCCAGCCCCCGCUGCGGCCCCAGCAAAGGCCCCCAAGAAGAAGGCGCCCCGACCCAAGAAAACUGGCCCAAGUGUGGGCGAGCUCGUCGUCAAGGCCAUCUCUGCUUCCAAAGAGAAGAAAGGAGUCUCUCUGGCUGCGCUGAAGAAAGCCCUGGCGGCUGGUGGGUACGAUGUGGAGAAGAACAACGCUCGUGUCAAACUGGCAAUCAAGAGUUUGGUCACCAAGGGAACUCUGGUCCAGACUAAAGGGACCGGCGCGUCCGGCUCGUUCAAGCUGAACAAGAAACAGGCAGUGGAAAAGAAGCCGGUAAAGAAGGCAGCUCCUAAAGCCAAAAAGCCUGCAGCGAAGAAACCUGCCGCGGCAAAGAAGCCCAAGAAGGCAGCAGCCAAGAAGCCCGCGGUCGCCAAAAAGUCUCCGAAGAAAGCAGCCAAGAAGCCCGCCACGCCGAAAAAGGCAACGAAGAGCCCGAAGAAAGCCAAGAAGCCCGCUGCCCCCAAGAAGGCAGCGAAGAGCCCUAAGAAAGCAAAGGCAGCGAAACCCAAGGCGGCUAAGCCUAAAGCUGCCAAACCCAAAAAGGCUGCACCCAAGAAGAAGUAA